CCGCCGCCGCCGCUUCGGCCCGGGCUCGGGCCCGGGCCCGGACCCCGUCCCGGGCCCCAGCGCCAGCCGCCAGCCCGAUCGGGCGAUGAAGUGUCACUAUGAGGCGCUGGGGGUGCGGCGCGACGCCAGCGAGGAGGAGCUGAAGAAGGCCUAUCGGAAGCUGGCUCUGAAAUGGCACCCGGAUAAAAAUCUGGAUAAUGCCGCAGAAGCAGCUGAACAAUUUAAAUUAAUCCAGGCAGCAUAUGACGUGUUGAGUGACCCUCAGGAAAGAGCAUGGUAUGAUAAUCAUAGAGAGGCCCUACUUAAAGGUGGGCUUGAUGGCGAAUAUCAAGAUGACAGCUUAGAUUUGCUACGCUAUUUCACCGUUACCUGUUAUUCUGGUUAUGGAGAUGAUGAAAAGGGCUUUUACACGGUGUAUCGUAAUGUUUUUGAAAUGAUUGCCAAGGAAGAACUAGAAUCUGUGUUAGAGGAAGAGGUUGAUGAUUUCCCAACUUUUGGAGACUCCCAGAGUGACUAUGAUACGGUAGUCCAUCCUUUCUACGCUUAUUGGCAGAGUUUCUGCACUCAAAAGAAUUUUGCAUGGAAGGAAGAAUAUGAUACACGACAAGCUUCAAACCGCUGGGAAAAACGAGCCAUGGAAAAAGAAAACAAAAAGGUUCGGGACAAAGCAAGGAAAGAGAAGAAUGAGCUUGUCCGUCAGCUGGUAGCUUUCAUUCGUAAAAGAGAUAAAAGAGUGCAGGCUCAUCGAAAACUUGUGGAAGAACAGAAUGCAGAGAAGGCAAGGAAAGCCGAAGAGAUGAGGCGGCAGCAGAAGCUAAAGCAGGCCAAACUGGCGGAGCAGUACAGAGAACAGAGCUGGAUGACUAUGGCGAAUUUGGAGAAGGAGCUCCAGGAGAUGGAGGCACGGUACGAGAAGGAGUUUGGAGAUGGGUCGGAUGAAAACGAAAUGGAAGAAUAUGAACUCAAAGAUGGGGAGGAUGGUAAAAACAGUGAUGAGGCUGAGGACGCUGAGCUCUAUGAUGACCUCUACUGCCCAGCAUGUGACAAAUCGUUCAAGACAGAAAAGGCCAUGAAAAAUCACGAGAAGUCAAAGAAGCAUCGGGAAAUGGUGGCCUUGCUAAAACAACAGCUGGAGGAGGAGGAAGAAAAUUUUUCAAGACCUCAGAUUGAUGAAAGUCCAUUAGAUGACAAUUCUGAGGAAGAAAUGGAAGAUGCACCAAAACAGAAGUACUUCUUGGUAAAUUUGAAUGUGGGUUGUGUAACAGUUAAUAUCAGCAUUAGAUUCUUGAGCGUGCGUAUUGUGCCAGAGAAUGUUUUGAUUCUUAGGAUGUACCUGAAAGAUUCAUAUCUGCCUGCAGCUCACUUUCAGAUGGUUUGGGGGAAAAAGUGUGUGUUGGGAGAGAGAAGAGGUGGAGAGAGCGAGCACAAAUGUGCCAAAAUUUUGCUUGAAAACAGACAGAAUUAUGAUGACAAUUUCAAUGUAAAUGGAACUGGAGAAGGAGUAAAGCUUGAUCCAGAAGAUACUAACUUAAAUCAAGACAGUACCAAAGAAUUGGAAGAUAGUCCCCAGGAAAAUGUCAGUGUCACAGAGAUCAUUAAACCAUGUGAUGAUCCAAAAAGUGAAACUAAAAGUGUUCCUAAACCCAAAGGAAAGAAAACCAAAGAUAUGAAAAAACCUAUCAGAGUACCUGCUGAACCACAGGCAAUGAGUGAUGUUCUUAUCAGCUGUACAACCUGCCAUAGUGAAUUUCCAUCCCGGAAUAAACUUUUUGACCAUCUAAAGGCCACAGGUCAUGCAAGAGCACCUUCAUCAUCAUCUUUAAACAGUGCAACAAGUAGUCGAAGCAAGAAAGAGAAACGUAAAAACAGAUAGAGAUUCUGCCUGUGCUUUUGUUUGACUGUCUCUAGAUCUUGAAACCAAAAAACUGAACUGAAAUCAUCUAAAGAGUUAAAAUUUCAAUGAUCUGCAAUUAAUUACAUUGUGGAAGAUUAUUUUUUAUCUUGUAAAAACAUUUUUUUGGUUUAAUAUAUAUUUUUAAAACAUUUCACUAGUGAUUGAAUUCUACUUUUGCCAUCUGAAUUGACUUGAAUGUCUUAAAACAGGUAAAUACUGUAAAGUGUGUAUUCUUGAUGUUUGUUGGCUCAUGUGGACAGAAAUGUACAGGGAGAAUUACAUUAUUUUAACACAGAAGUGCUCCUUUCUGCUUUAUUUUGUGAAUUUCACAUUACUUUUACUUAAUGCUUUUGUAUUUUGUUAAUCCUUCAUAAUAUAUGAAAAACUCGGAUCUUUUAAAAAGCAUCACAGAUCAUUUUUCCACAUGACACUGGAUCCGAUUUUAAAAAUUAUUUUUAAAUAACUGA